AUGGUAUUUAGUGGUCAGGGUGCUGCUUGGCCCCAGCUUGGACGAGAGCUACUCCUGUCAAACAGCGUAUUCUCCGGUACUAUCAAGGCGCUACAGGAGCAUCUUGGAACGCUCGGCUCUGCUUCACCAACGUGGUCCCUCUCCGAGGAGAUUCUCCAACCAGCCCGAACCAGCAGAAUCUACGAAGCUGAAUUCUCUCAACCGCUGUGCACAGCGUUGCAGAUCGCCCUCAUUGACACAUUUGCCUCGGUCGGGGUGAAGCCUGAUGCUGCUGUUGGUCACUCUAGUGGCGAGAUUGCUGCGGCUUACGCUGCUGGGGCUUUGAUGGCGAGGGAGGCCAUCAUCAUUGCCUUCUUCUGUGGUUCAACAACCGCUGAGCAGAAGAACCUACAGGGCGGGAUGGCUGCUGUUGGUCUUGUAUGGGCAGAGGCAGAGAAGCAUCUCAAGCCUGGUGUAGUGAUCUCUUGUGACAACUCGCCCACUAACGUCACCAUUUCUGGCGAUAUUGAGCCUCUGCAAGCUGUAGUGGCCGAGGUGAAGGAAGCUCACCCAGGAAUCCCCGCCACUACUCUCAAGGUCGACAAUGCUUAUCAUUCUCAUCACAUGCUGGGUGCUGGCGGUAUUUACCAUGAAGCCCUCGUUGAUUCGGGAGUUGUUGGAAAAGCACCUCAGAUCCCUUUCUUUUCCAGCGUGACUGGUAAACGCCUCUCAGGGACAGAAAAGGCGAACCAACUUGGCCCGAAGUACUGGCAGACGAACUUGGAACGACCUGUAUUGUUCCGAUCUGCCGUGUCUUCAAUCAUAUCGGCCUCUGAGCCAAAUCAUCACCAAGUCUUUUUGGAGCUUGGCCCUCACUCUGCUCUCGCUGGGCCCCUGAGGCAAAUUCUGACCGACAAAGCAAGCAAGGCUUCGUAUAUCCCAUCCCUAGUCAGAAAGCAAGACAGCGUCAAGAACUUCCUACAGGCCAUUGGAAAGCUCUACACUUUGCAUAUGGAUGUUGACUUGAAGUCGUUGUUUCCCAGCGGUUCUUGCGUCGCUGGCCUGCCUUGCUACCCCUGGAAUCACCAGAAUCGUCUCUUCUUCGAGUCACGCUUGGCCAAAGAAUGGCGAGAGCGAGAGUUCCCUGACCACAACCUUCUGGGAAUAAGGAGUCAUGAGAGCACCAGCCUUGAACCAUCUUGGAGAAACCUCAUCCAGGUGUCACGAACCCCCUGGAUCGCUGAUCACAAGAUCGGCGAGACGAUAGUCUUCCCCUUUGCGGGAUACAUCGCUAUCGAAUCUGAGGCCUGCAGACAAAUCACUGACAUCCAAGAAGGAGUUAGCCUGCGAAGCGUCAAGGUCCACGCGGCCUUGGUCAUUGAGGAAGAUGACAGUGAGUGGUGGGAGUUCUCCGUCAGUUCGCACAAUGGCCACGUAUGGAUCAAGCAUUGUUGGGGACAGGUAAAGGGAGAGCAAAAUCCUUUCCCCGAGAAAGAGGCUAUCAAGAAAAGCGACGAGGUGCUGCCACGAGAGGUCAAUGCUUCCAAGUGGUAUGAAGUAGUUUCUGAAGAGGGACUCACAUAUGGACCUACCUUGAACACCAUGGAAAGCAUCAGAACAUCGACAAAGCCACCCCACCAAGCCUUAACUACUAUAAAGAACGGCGAGAACCGAUGGGAGGAUGCUUUAGAAUAUCACAUGCACCCUAUUGUGCUCGACACCUUCUAUCAACUUGUGAGUUGUAAAUCCACGCUUGGAAUCCGCCGUGCCUACCGACGACUCGUUGCCUUGAGCAUUGAGUUCAUGACUAUGGCUCGAUGUACUGAUGAGAGAGUGAGCACCGAGGUGUCGUCAGAGCUUGGUCAGGACCUUGUCGGUAGCGGCACCGUAUUUUCAGGAUCGAAGCCCGUCAUGCGAGUCAUCAACUGUCAUUCUUCAUUCUUUGAAAAAGGAGACGUAGGCGACAAUGCCAAGGUUCCCAUCACGGCGCGAUGUGAGUGGGUGCCAGACAUAGAUUUCAAGUCGCUUGGUGAUCUUGUGAAGUGUCCUGAGGAUACUGAGGACUCAUUCAACAACUUGACGGAGCUUUCCAAGAUAUUGAUCGCCCAGGCCCAUCGAUUGGCUGCCAGUGCUGAUGUUCAAGUUCCGCAUCUCAUGAAGUACAAGAACUGGCUCGACAAAGUCAUGGACCCGAGCCUUGCAGCUUCUGACGAUGCGGACCUAGCCAACAUGUCCAAGUCUCUUUCUCAGAAGAUCCAAGACAACGGGACGUCACCAGCGAGACUUUCCGCGGAAGCCAUGAUAGCGACCUAUAACAAGCUUCAUGAUCUUCUGAGUCAACAAGAGGCUGAAGUCACCGAGCUCGACUCUCUUUCACCACUUGAAAUGGUGUCUCAGCCAGAUAUUUCCGACUUCCUCCUUCAUCUCGGCAACAAAAAGCCUACACUUAGAGUCCUUGACUUCUACUCGGGAUCUAUCGAGACAACCACCAAGGCUAUCGAGGCUCUGACUCGCAAUGAUGGUACCCGUCUGUUCUCCAAGUACAUCAUCGCCACGCCUUUGCUAGGCAUGCCCGAGGCUUCAAGCGAACACUUCAAGAAAUUAGUUCCUGACAUUGAAUUCACGACUCUUGAUCUCAGCCAGAGCCUAGCUGAUCAAGGAUUCGAUGAUCGACAGUUCGACCUCAUUAUUGCCCCAGGAGCCGUUAGCUCGGCCAGGAACGCGGACAAGUCCCUUGAGAACCUUCGAAACUUGCUGAGCCCUACCGGAAGGCUUGUACUCCAGGAACCUCGACCUGAUUCAUUAUGGGUGCCGUUCGUUCUCGGAAUCACUCAAGGGUGGUGGUCACACGAGGACCAACGUAUUGAAGGGUCCAUCAUGGAAUCGGAAACACUCCAAAGACUCUUAGAAACAUUCAAAUUUACCGAUGUGGAACGGCUGAGUCUUGCUCCUUGGGCUGCUACUGUUGUAGUGGCCAGACGGGAGCCCAAGAACACGCCUACAAAGAGCUUGAAACUCAAGGCUACACUGUCGAUCGCUGCUUUUUGGACCAGACUCCUCCCCUUGGUCAGGACAUUGUGGCUGUUCUCGAUGAGCAAGGCCCAUUUAUUCGAGAGUAUCAACGGCAACGGGUUCACACAGCUCAAGGCAUUUAUCAACAGUGUCCAGAACCCCAAUGGUCUUCUUUGGGUAACACGCCCGUCGAGUGUUGAGUGUCAGGAUCCCAGAUUCGCUCAGACCAUUGGGUUCACUCGCAAUCUUCGCAACGAAACAUCUACGGAUAUCGCUGUGUGCGAGGUCGACAACAUCACAGCACCUGAGAACCUGGCAACUCUGGUCAAGGUCUUGACCCAGUUCCAGACCAGGAGUCAGGAUGGUGUUCUUGGUCCCGACUUGGAGUAUGUCAUUAGUAGCGGUGAGUUUCUGGUGAAUCGAAUCUUCCCGGCCGCGCUGGAUAAGGAAUUGGAGGACAAGAUGAGUGAGAGCGAGGCAUACAUCACAAUGACGCAGCCGGGUCGUUUGGAGAGCUUGGUUUGGGCAUCACAGCCUGCAACUGAUUUCAAGGAUAACGAGAUCGAGGUUGAAGUAUAUGCCAGUGGCCUCAAUUUCCGCUACGUCUUGGUUGCCAUGGGAGUCAUCCCACCGCCCAAGAGUCUCAAGUUUGGCUACGAAGCAGCCGGCGUUGUUCGAAGGGUUGGCUCCAACGUCACCAAGUUUCGUCCCGGUGAUCGCACUGUCUUUGUGGGAGAGGAUACUUUCAGUACUGUUGUGAGUGUGCCUGAACUUCUUGCUCAAAAGCUGCCCGACGACAUCAGCUUUGUUGAAGCCUCGACCAUCCCUCCUGUCUUCUUGACUGCUGUCUAUGGCCUUAUUGAUCUGGGACGCCUUACCAGAGGCCAGUCUGUUCUCAUUCACAGUGGUUGUGGCGGUAUAGGACUUGCUACUAUCCAGGUGGCCCGUAUGCUGGGCGCCGAGAUUUGCACAACAGUGGGCAGUAAGGCCAAGGUUGAGUACUUGAACAAGACAUACGACAUCCCGAGAAGCCACAUAUUUAACUCCAGGGAAGCUUCAUUUGCCACAGACCUGCUACGAGAGACUGGAGGUAAAGGUGUUGAUGUCGCCCUGAACUCGCUGAGCGGAGAACUUCUGCAUGCCACAUGGAAGUGCGUCGCCAAAUGGGGCACCAUGGUUGAGAUUGGUAAGAGGGAUCUUCUCGAGAAUGCUCAACUCGACAUGAGUCCUUUCUUGCAAAACCGCAACUAUUGCUGCCUCGAUGUCGAUCAAAUGAGAGCUGAUCUUCUCUCCUUCAUUAUGAACUGCUUCUCCAACCGCAUUCUCCAACCGAUCCGGGUCGACCAGGUAUUCCCUGGCUCUGCGGUCCUUGAUGCCUUCAGACACAUGCAGCAAGGCAAACACAUGGGCAAGAUUGUUCUUGAGAUCCGAGAUGCUGCCGGAAAGCCUUUGACUGGCCCUGUUCAGGCCACUAGGAAACCCGAUCUCCAACUUGACGGAAGCGCAACAUAUCUGCUUGUUGGUGGCCUGGGUGGUUUAGGUCGCGCCCUUUCCGUCUGGAUGGUCGAAAGAGGCGCCCGCAACUUGGUCUUCCUGUCUCGUAGCGCCGGAGCCAGCACUCAACAUGACAAGUUCAAGCAAGAGAUCGAGCAUGGGAACGUUGGAGGCAUUGGGUAA